UUAAUUAAAGCCAGUCUUCAGGGUGGGCUCCCUGAAGUGGGGGAGUGAAGAUAUUUUUUUUUUCUAAAGCCACAGCUGAAGUUCAAAGAGAACGAUAAUAAGGUUAAAAAAAUGUUUAAUAAUAAUAUAUCCUGUCCUCACUACUUCAGUCCUGCAUGCGGCUGACGGCACGCACCACCAGUCCCACCAGCAGCAGCAGCAACAGUGACUGGCGGGUUAGUCUCACUGGAGAGCACAGCUUGUCAGUGGGAGUGGACCUACAUGAUGCCCCCCCUCCUCGUGGAUUUAUCAAUCUAUAGUGUCCGUCCCUGCAGCGCCGCGAGUUUACGUAGCGCACUGAGGUGCUGUAAAGCGCAACCGAUGGAUGCGUCCUGCAUGCGUGCGCGUAUUGGAGCGGAGUCAUUUGUGAGGAUCACAUUUGAAACGGCUUAAACCACAUAGAAGAAAAGAAUACAGGGCUUUUGGACGACAGAGCAGUGUGUGGAUAACAUCCCAUAAGCAAAUGUCUUACCCUCGUAUAUGCACCACUUUAAUGGACAGACGAGAUGCUGAAAUGGACGCAGACAUGGACCCAGGGCGCAGAAGUGAUGACUGCCUUUGGUGAAGAGUAACACCGGCUCAGACGGGGUGAGAUCAAGGUUCGGCGCGGAAAACAUGCAAGCAUAGAUAUUUUUAGUGAGGACUUCACGAUUUGAAGCUGUGAUCUGAUUGUGUCGCCUUUCCGUGGAUAUCUGCUGGAUUUUUUUUUUUAAAAAGAAGAAAAUUCCCGUUAGAUGUUCCAUCUCAGAGGAAAAGAAAAAUCCUCCCGAAAAUGGAGAACGGAGCAACCUGAACAGAGAGAUAAUAUACAAUCUUCGCAACUUUAUCCAUUUCCCACAGAAUGCUUUUUCAGCCUCUGAGCUGCGGGACUUCUGUCAUCAACAGAACCAGGAGGGAAAAGACAAAUAAGCAUCUUGGAAUCCGCACUGGGUUGUGAGGUGAAAUCUAAUCAGAUUCAGCAGAGCUGAUGACUAACAAGUCUUCACGAAAAAGUUUCAUUUGAAAACGAGACAUCAAAUUAACUUCAUAUUCUUUAUUCAGUGUAAUGACGAGCUUUCCCGGAUCUAUGCGCCUGGGAAAAAAAUGACUGCACGAUGCUGUAUUUGCAUGCUUUUUAAUCGUUUGAUUUAGAUCAGAGAGAAAGGGGAAUCAGAAUAACUGCACCUUGCUCUCCCACUGACCAUUAGGAGAAAACCUUGGACCACAGCGGGGCAUCCGUUUGCAUAGAGGGUAUCAUUUCAACACUCGCACUUGUGGGUGCCUCUGUGCUCUGUGCGUCCUAACGAACAAAAAAAGAGGAAUAACCGGAUGCUUUAUCAUCACCACUGCGAGAGUUAAUGGCACCCGGACUGAUGUGUGGAUUACAUGUAGCACGUCGUUUCUGAAAGUGGGGAAACCAUGUUUCUGACAAGAAAGUAUCACCACGGAUUCUGCAAAAUCGCCUGAGUAUUGCGGAUGUUUUGUCGAUGCAGUUUUUUUUGGGGAGGGAGUGGGAGAUCGAGGGACCAGUUCUGCAGAUCUCAGCGUCUCAAUGUGUGAGCAGGGAAGGAACAGCUGAGCAGGGGGACGACUGCAGCACAUUCCAUCAGUCGAUGGAUUAAUCAAUCGGUAUUACAGCUCGGCCCAUCCGUCUCAGGGAAUAAUCUUGGAGACAUCAUAAAAGUGCCAUUCUGUCAUUCUAGAGGCCAGGCCAGGGCUGUGGCAGAUUUGCAAGUUAACAUGCGGAUGACCAGAACCCCGUGGAACUGUAAUUGAAUUGGCAGUUGGCCCAAAUCCUCUUUCCAAAGAGUGGGAGACCCGUCAACGAAUUAUGAAUGUUAAACAAUAUGACCUCCUCUCAGCAGCAGCAGAUGAUGCGAGGUCCUAGGUGGAACCGGGCCUUGUCCGACCCUUUGCUUGUGCUGCUUCUGGCCCUCCAGCUGCUCGUGGUGGCAGGGCUGGUACGUGCUCAGACGUGCCCCUCCGCCUGCUCCUGUAGUAACCAGUUCAGCAAAGUCAUCUGCACUCGCCGAGGCCUGCGGGACGUCCCUGAUGGCAUCUCUACUAAUACACGCUACCUGAAUCUGCAGGAAAAUCUCAUUCAGGUCAUAAAGGUGGACAGCUUCAAGCAUCUAAGACAUCUGGAGAUCCUGCAGCUGAGCAAAAACCACAUACGGAAAAUUGAACUGGGGGCCUUCAAUGGACUGGCCAGUCUCAAUACCUUGGAGCUUUUUGAUAACCGCCUCACCACCAUCCCAAACGGGGCAUUUGAGUACCUGUCCAAACUAAAGGAGCUUUGGCUGAGGAAUAACCCCAUAGAGAGUAUUCCCUCCUAUGCUUUCAACAGAGUGCCAUCAUUACGCCGGUUGGACCUUGGGGAGCUUAAAAGGCUCUCCUAUAUUUCUGAGGGCGCCUUUGAAGGGCUGAGCAAUCUGCGCUACUUAAAUCUCGGGAUGUGCAAUCUGAAGGAAAUUCCCAACCUUAUUCCCCUGGUGAAGCUGGAUGAACUGGAGAUGUCAGGGAACCAGCUAUCUGUCAUCCGGCCCGGCUCUUUUAAAGGGCUCAUCCACUUACAAAAGCUAUGGAUGAUGCAUGCACAGAUCCAGACCAUCGAAAGAAACUCUUUCGAUGACCUGCAGUCACUGGUGGAGCUCAAUCUGGCCCACAACAACCUCACCCUCUUGCCCCACGAUCUCUUCACUCCUUUACAUCACCUGGAGAGGGUGCACUUGCACCACAACCCGUGGAAUUGUAACUGUGACAUUCUCUGGCUAAGCUGGUGGCUUAAGGAGAUGGUACCUGCAAACACUAGCUGCUGCGCACGCUGUAGCUCACCUACCCACCACAAAGGGCGAUACAUUGGCGAGUUGGACCAGAACUACUUUCACUGUUAUGCUCCGGUUAUUGUGGAGCCUCCUGCAGACCUAAAUGUGACAGAGGGAAGCUCUGCAGAGUUGAAAUGCAAAGCCAGUUCUUUGACCUCUGUGAGCUGGAUUACACCCAAUGGUUCCAUCAUGACGCAUGGUGCGUACAAGGUCAGACUCUCAGUGCUGAAUGAUGGAACGCUGAACUUCACUAACGUUACCAUGCAGGACACGGGCACAUACACAUGUAUGGUCAGUAAUUCGGCGGGUAACACGACAGCAUCUGCCACGCUCAACGUGUCCUCCACGGAGAACAGCAGCUUCAGCUACUUCACCACAGUAACAGUGGAGACCAUAGAAACGCCACACAAUGAAGGCUUCACCACUAUCGUGCAGCAGAAGGUGGGCCCCACCCCCUCUGCUGGUAUGUGGGAGUCUGUUUCAGCCACCUCUACAACAACCACCACAUUUCGGACCCCACUCUCCACCCGUGCCACGGAGAAGACUUACACAAUCCCUGUCACGGAGCUGGGUGGGGAGGGUUCACUUAACGGCUUGGAUGAGGUGAUGAAGACAACCAAGAUCAUCAUUGGCUGCUUUGUUGCAAUCACACUAAUGGCAGCUGUCAUGCUGAUUAUCUUCUACAAGAUGCGCAAACAGCACCACCAGCAGAAUCACCACGCCCCCACGCGCACUAUUGAGAUCAUCAAUGUGGAUGAGGACUGUGUUACAGGAGGCCCAGGCAUGGAGGGCCACCUGACUCUGCCUCCUCUUGAGCACGAGCACCUCAACCACUAUAACACCUACAAGACUGCAUACAACCAUGCCUCUACUAUCAACUCCAUACACAGCUCAGCGCACGAACCUUUGUUAAUCCGGGCCAGCUCAAAAGACAAUGUACAAGAGACCCAAAUCUAAUAUGUUUUCUUUCUUUUUUUUCUUUCUUUUCAAAUGCAGUCAUUAUGAAACUGAUGGAAUUGCAUAAAACACUACUGACAGGACAGUAACUCAUAAGUGGUUGUGAUGAUUAUGACCCAAAUAUGGAGAAAAAGACUCAUGUUUGGCAAAUCAAGUGACUGGUGAUGUUAAUUAAAUGACUUUGGAAAUUA